CGCUUGUCCUUCCGGGCCGAAGGUGAAACAUCUGGGAACACCUCUUCCCACGUGGGGAGGCGAAGGUGGAAUGGUCUGUUGAAGGCAGCGAUCGGGAACGUGGGCAUUUGCGUGCCAGGCUCGGGGGUCUCCCCGGGAGUGAUCGUUCUUCAGGCGCGGAGCUCGGAGAGAAGUGUGAACGAUGACAUCUCUUGCGCACCAGCUGAAGCGCCUUGCGCUCCCCCAGAAUGAUCCCAGCCUCUUGUCUCGAAGUGAAGCAGCUUCGCUGCUGUUUGAUUGCAAGGAAGCUGCCAGUAUUGACAGGGAGACCUUCUUCGCCAUAGGGUGCACUGGCCUGGAAGAGCUGAUUGGAAUUGAUCCAUCCUUUGAGAUGUUUCAGUCAACACUUUUCAGCCAAAUGUCCAAAGGUUUGGAGCGCAGUGUCCAAACUAAAGCAGUUAACCAACAGCUGGAUGAAAACAUUUCUUUGUUCUUGAUUCAUUUGUCUCCUUACUUCAUGCUUAAACCAGCACAGAAAUGCCUUGAGUGGCUGAUUCACAGGUUUCAUAUUCACCUGUAUAACCAGGACAGUUUGGUUGGCUGUGUGUUGCCAUAUCAUGAAACCAAGUUGUUUGUGCGAGUUAUCCAGCUUCUGAAAAUUAGUGAUCCUACUCACAAGUGGCAUUGGCUUCACCCAAUUCAGAAACCGGGAGUCCCUCUUGCAAGGGGAACAUUGAUUACACAUUGCUACAAAGAUCUGGGUUUUAUGGAUUUUAUAUGCAGACUAGUGACAAAAUCUGUAAAGACCUUUUCACUUCAUCCAGGGAGUUUAUCACAGAUGAGAGUCUUGUUUACUUUUUAUGCCUCUACAGUUGUGUCUGCUCUUGGGGCUGCACCAAGAAUAACAGACACUCUGGUCUCCAAAUUGCUUCCUUAUAUCCAAAAGGGUUUGAAAUCAUCCUUGGUGGAUUACAGAGCAGCAACUUACAUGAUUGUUAGCCAGUUGGCCGUGAAGAUGACUAUGGAAAAGUCUCUGGUUCAUUCCUUGACAUUGCUAAUCAGCAAGACUUUGACCAAAGCUCCUUCCCUGUUCAGAGAGGGACUGGGCUGCCUGAUAGUUCUUCUGCAGAGCCAGAAGGAAGAAGGUCUUGGGAAAAAGCCAUUUACCCAUCUGUGUAAUAUACCCCACUUGAUUGCCACCCUUCAAGAAAUGUCAGCCAGUUAUGACAUCAGCCCAGUUUUGCAUUACAUGUUGCCACACCUGGUUCAAUCAGUUAUCUAUGGAAGGGCAGAAGUAGAAGAAGAAUCAAAUAUGGUUGCUAAUCAAAACAAUAUAAAACAUCUAGAAACCAUAAUUGCAAAUAUACCAUUAGAAAAAGAUAUGGCUCAUUUGUUGGCCUGUAAAUUUCUGAAGGAAUAUAUAUCGUAUGGUCUAGAGUGUGACUCUGAUUCUGACAAAAUGGCUGAGAUUAAUAAAGAAUUGCUUUCUUUAAUCAGGCUGUUUGAAAGAAAAUAUCCUAGAACUCUAGAUUUGGUAUUGGAGGAGUAUCUGAAAGAUGUUAGAAGCCAAAAGGAGCAAGAACUCUUCCAUCAAUUUAUUUCCCUUUCAGUGAGUGGGGGUAAAUACCAGUUUCUAGAAGAUUCUGAUACAUCUCUGCUGCUUAGCUUGAAUCAUCCACAGCCAGCAGUCAGAGUCCUGGCUAUUCAGCACUUGAAGGAAAUCAUUGAAGCAUCAAAGGAGGGCUUUGAUGAUUCCUUCAUUGAAGAGGCAAUUUUAGCACGACUGAAGGAUGAUAACCUAGAAGUAGUUAUAUCAUCUCUUAGUGCAUUAGAGACUUUCUUGGUUAGUCUAAAGACUUGUGAUGAACAAAUUGCCUUUAAUCUGGUAUGCCUCUUUGAAAGAGCAGACCUCUCUAAGGAUGACAAAUGGUGCAAGAUCCUGGGGACUGCAAUCCACCUGUUAAUUAAAAAGGAGGUUCUUAAAGAGAACAAAGAUCUCUUACACCAAUUAGUCCUACAACUGCUGCCGUUCAUAGUAAUAACUGGUAGUGAUCCAAAAUCCACUGAAUGGAAAAUGGCACUUUGUAUAAUGGAAUCUGGUAUUUGUUCCCUUCAUCCUUUGUUGAAAGGCUGUCCAGAAGCUUUCCAGAAUGCAAUCAAAGCGGUGAAGCCAGAAGAUGUGAUGCGUGCAUCUAAUGCAAAACUGAUCGCCCUCUUGUCAGAUAACCUGAUUUCAGAGGACCCUUCCUUUGUGUCACAGAGCGUGGAAGGUCUCAUUGGUAUUGCAGAGAAGGAGGCUCAAACUGUGAAGCAGAAGGUAACAGCCCAUGUGAUCGCCUCUGUCCUGGUCCAGUCCUGCUGCUGUAAUUCGCAAGUGGAAGAAGACCGUCUAGCCCUGGCUCUGAUGGUCUUCCGCUUUUUGAGUAGAAAAAUGCGAAAACUUGAGGACAGCUAUCCUGCUGAGGCAUUUCUCUAUAACUUCUCCAUUGAGUUUACCUCUGGCAGUGAACCGUUCCUGGGGGUUCUAGCAGAAUAUAUACAAAAGCUAAAUGCUGGAGCAGCAGCGGAUUUAGAAGAUUCUGUCUUGCUCAUUGUUUUACUGAGAAACUUUAUUCAGGGCCUGGUCCCUCCGGAUUCCUUUUCAAAAGAUGAGAUGUGGUGGAAUCCUGAAACUUUAAGUAAACCAAGCAAAGAUUAUUUAUGUCUGCUCUUGGGACUGUUUGAUACUCUAAUCCGUGGAGCCAGUGAGGGAAUAUAUGCGGAUCAUUUUCGUGCAAUGAUGCGACUUCUGUUUGAGGUGCAUUUGAAUGAGCCAGAAAGUCAGUUCAAAUUUCUCUCAGUCUUAUGGACUUACAGUUUCAACAUCUCCAACCAGAUGGAUUUUGUGGUAGAUGCGGUGCUACAGACUCGUUCUUUGUAUAUAGGAUGCGCAAUGCUUGCAUCACAGACUGUGCAGACAAAAAAGAAACUGGCAGCACCAACUUCUCCAGUGAUCGCAUCUUUACUGAUAAAUUUGGGGAGUCCUGUGAGUGAGGUCCGGAGAGCUGCUCUUAACUGCCUGCAUUCCCUAAGUGGAAUAAAAGAGUCUGCAUUUCAUCCCAUUCUUCAUAAUUUAACACAGAAAGCUGAAGAGAUAACAUCUGACCAAACUUACGUAAUCCAGAGCCUUGGUAGUUUGUUUGAAGAGUUAAAGAUCCAGCAGAAGCAAAAGACGCAAAAGUUGUCGGAAGCACUGAGAGUGUUGCUUGAAUGUGUGCAAGCCCUCGAAUGUCCAUCAUACGUUGCACGAAACCUGUUGAAAAUCCUUCAUGAAGUCAAUGGCAAGGUGGUGCUUUCUCAUCUGUUGCCUGUCUUAGAUCGAUUACUGGAGAAGGCUCUUAAAAAACCAGAGGAGAUGUUAAAAGAUGAAGCUCUUCUUUUGCAUCUCAUUCUGGGGAAAUACAAUGAGCACUCAGCAGCAUUCCUUUGCACAGAUCAACAGAGUUUGGAUUUAUUCAUCAAAGCUUUAAAUGCUUCCCAGGAAAUCUACAAAGGAAUUUGUACAUUCCAGAUUAGAGCUCUUGGACAGAUUACAAAACCAUUCUUUGCUGCACUGCCAGAUGGGAAGGUUCAACAAAAGAUAUUGGGAGUAUUGUUUGAUUUACUCCUGAAUUGCAAAAACCCUCAAUGUGCACAGACAAUCAACAGUGUUUUUAAAGGGAUCUCAGUUGACGCUGAGCAGAUCAGUAUGGAACUGGAGCCUCCACCAAAAACAAAAAACGUAGCUACUGUUCACCAAACAAGAAGGCAGAAAAUGCAACAGCAGAGAAAAGCUCAGGAUCAGGAAGGCGCACAAGAAGAAAACAGUGUAAACUGGCAGAGAGUCACACUUAUCUUGGAAUUGCUGCAACACAAGAAGAAGCUCAAGCAGCCACAGGCUUUGGUCCCUACUCUUUUCAGCUUACUGGCCAGAUGUCUGGAACCUUCUGCUGAACAAGAAAAUCUGGAAUACAUAAAACAACUAGUACUUGGUGGUCUAUUAAACAUUUGUCAGAAACUAUCUCCAGAUGGGAGCAGGAUACAAACAGGAAUUCUUGAUGAGGAGAAGUUCAACGUGGAGCUGAUUGUCCAGUGCAUCCGGGUUUCAGAAAUGCCUCAGACACACCACCAUGCUCUGCUCUUGCUCGGUGCAGCUGCUGGAAUGUUUCCUGGUAAAGUGCUGCACAACAUCAUGCCCAUAUUUACAUUCAUGGGGGCAAAUGUCAUGCGUCUGGAUGAUGCUUACAGUUUCCAGGUGAUUAGUAAGACCGUGAAGAUGGUCAUUCCUGCUCUUAUACAGGCUGAUAAGGAUGGUGGUUCUUCUGAAAGUGCUGAAAACUUGGAAGGGGUAGUGAUAAAAAUAAUCCGCGUGUUUGUGGAUGCUUUGCCUCAUGUGCCUGAACAUCGCCGCCUCCCAAUCCUGGAACAGCUGAUAAGCACUUUGGGAGUGGAGCGGUUUCACUGGAUCCUUCUCGUUCUGUUGUUUGAACAGCAUGUGACAAAAUCCGUGGCUGCAGCAGCCAAUGGAGAGAAGGAUGCUGUUCUGGAGUCUGAUACAGAAUUCUGGAUCUCCAUAUGCUGUGAAUUUAGUGUAAUAGAGCAACUGCAAAGUUUGAUGAAAGUGCUGGCAUAUUUAGCAAAACUGCCAGAGAACAAAGAAGAUGACCCUGGACAAAAGAAAUCAAGAGUACGCAGGACAAAAUUACAGAGUCAUGAAACAGAACUCUUUAAUGUGGAGUCUCACUCUAGCAAACAGUUGAGGCAUUUCAAAUUCCUGUCAGUCUCCUUCAUGUCACAGCUUCUCGCUUCAAACAGUUUUGUGAAAAAAGUAGUUGAAUGUGAAGAUGUUGAAGAGCUAAAGGAGGUUGAACAGAGGUUGUUGGAAGAUGUCCUUUGCUACAUAAAUGCUGUGGCACACUCAGUGGAAAAAAACGCUGAUACACCAACAGCAAAAUUCUGGAGGGCUUUGCUUAACAAAGCUUAUGAUGUACUGGAUAAAGUCAAUGCCUUAAUGCCACCGGAAACCUUUAUUCCUGUCAUCAGGGGCCUGAUGGCCAACCAUCUGUCUCCUGUGAGACGUAAAGCAAUGGACCUCUUGAACAAUAAGUUGCAGCAGCGCACUCAAUGGCAGGAAACACAAGUUGAUUUGCUGUUAGAAAUGGUUCCUGAUCUCAUUACCGUUGUGCAGCGUAAGACGAGCGAGGCUGAGGAGGAGCAGGCAAUCAACAGGCAGACUGCACUGUUCAGUUUGAAACUACUCUGCAAGUGUUUUGGCAGCAAACACACGCAGCCGUUUGUGACUGUGCUGAAAAUGGCUGUCGAUGUGGUCUCUUCAGAAGGGAAGGAGGACAGAAAUGUCAUAGGAAGUGCUUUGCUGUGUAUAGCUGAAGUCACCUGUGUGUUGAAAGCGCUGGCAAUACCUCAGCUUCCAAGGCUUAUGCCAGCAUUGCUAAAGAUACUGAAACAAAAAACGGAAUUGAUGGCCAAUGAAAUCUACUUGCUUAGCACAGUGACGGCACUGUUGAAAAUCGUGGAAACAUUGCCACGUUUCCUUAGUCCGUAUCUGCUGGAUCUCUUGCUGCAGGUGGUCCAUUUGGAAAGGAUUGCCAUUCAAAUGGGACCUUCAUCCCACGUUAAUCUACGGGUGACAUCUCUGAAAACUACCUUAGCAACAAAGCUUCCACCCAGAGUUCUUCUGCCAGCAGUUGCAAAGUGUUAUAGUGAAGUAGCAAGUGCUUAUAAGAACUAUCUGGGUACAGUAAUGGAUAUUCUGAAGGUGCAUAUUACCAUUCUGGAAAGAGAUCAGCUGAGUGCACAUCAGUCUGAGCUGACAACAUUUUUCAUGAAUGCACUGGACUUCAGAGCUGAACAUUCUGAGGAUGAUCUGGAGGAUGUCGGGAAAAUAGAAACUCAUAUUAUUAUGUGCUUAAUCAGCAUGGUUAUGAGGCUCUCUGAAAUAUCUUUCAGACCCCUCUUCUUCAAGCUCUUCGAUUGGGCAAGAACUGAGGGUGCGUCAAAGGACAGGUUGUUGACUUUUUGCCAACUGGCAGAUUGCAUUGCUGGACAGCUAAAAGGACUGUUCACCCUUUUUGCUGGUCAUUUAGUGAAGCCUUUUGCUGACAUUCUGAAUCAGAUCAAUACUUCCAAAAAGCAUGAAGCUUUCUUUGACUCAGAGAACAACACUGAAAAGAGCUGUUUGUUGCUACAGUUCAUUCUCGAUUGUUUACACAAAAUCUUCCUGUUUGAUUCUCAUCGCUUUGUGAGCAAAGAGAGAGCAGAAACACUGAUGAUGCCAUUGGUGAAUCAGCUGGAAAACAUGCUUGGUGGUGAAGAAAGAUACCAGGAAAGAGUAACAGUGCACUUGGUCCCAUGUAUAGCGCAGUUUGCAGUUGCCAUGGCAGACGACUCUCUGUGGAAGCCAUUGAACUACCAGGUUUUGCUGAAAAUGAGGCAUUCAUCACCCAAGGUUCGAUUUGCUGCCUUGUUAGCUUUGUUAGAACUUGCAGAAAAAAUAAGAGAAAACUACAUGGUACUACUGCCAGAGUCUAUUCCAUUCUUAGCUGAGCUGAUGGAAGAUGAAUGUGAAGAAGUUGAGCAUCAGUGCCAGAAGACGAUUCAGCAGCUUGAAGUUAUUCUCGGAGAACCACUGCAGAGUUACUUCUAACCUCAUUAUCUCUGCAAAGUUUUACAGCAUGACAUAUGUUGGGACCAAGCAGAUGCUGACGCUUUUAAGACAGCCACUUUUUGUGUAUUUUUUAAACUAGCUUGUGGAGCUCUGUACUGUGACUGGACAUUCUUUGUUAAGACAUUUUAAUUUGUAUAAAUGGAUUUCUCUCU